AAAGCUCCGCAUUCCCACCCAGUGCAGAAGUUGAAAUAGUAUCAGAAGGAGAGUCUUUCCCUCCAGCCACAGGCUCCAUCUCUCAGGAGCAAGGGGCAACUCCGAGGAGAGCGGGGCAGCGGAGCCCGCGGGCCUCCAGAGCCCUGGACAAGGGCUUCCCUCUCCUCGCCACGAUCCCGCGGGCAAGACGCGGCCGGGUUCCAGCCCGAGCGCAGGAGCGCAGAGCCGGGGCGCCUCCCGCGCUGCGCUGCGGCGGCCGCGCUCCCCAGGCGCUGGUGACACAGCCACAUGAAGCCUGCUGGGGAGGCGGGGCCAGGGUGCUGCAAGCCGGCGGGGACCGAGGCUGUCGCCGUCUUGGGGAGGCACUGACUGCCAAGGGGACCCCCCCCCUCCUGCGUGCCUGGGCGAACAGUCUUCUCCAAGGGGUCCCCGGUCAUCCUGCCCCUCCAGGAUGGUGUUCCUGAAGUUCCUCUGGAUGGGUUUCUUCUGCCACCUGUGUCAGGGCUACUUCGAUGGCCCUCUCUACCCGGAGAUGUCCAAUGGGACCCUGCACCACUACUUCGUGCCCGACGGGGACUAUGAAGAAAAUGAUGACCCCGAGAAGUGCCAGCUGCUCUUCCGGGUGAGUGACCACCGGCGCUGCUCCCAGGGGGAGGGGAGCCAGGCCAGCAGUGUGUUGAGCCUCAGCCUUCGGGAGGAGUUCACGGUGCUGGGCCGCCAGGUGGAGGAUGCGGGGCGUGUCCUGGAGGGCAUCAGCAAGAGCAUCUCCUACGACCUGGACGGGGAAGAGAGCUACGGCAAGUACCUGCGGCGGGAGUCCCACCAGAUCGGGGACGCCUACUCCAACUCCGACAAGUCCCUCACCGAGCUGGAGAGCAAGUUUAAGCAGGGCCAGGAACAGGACAGCCGGCAAGAGAGCAGGCUCAACGAGGACUUCUUGGGGAUGCUGGUCCACACCAGGUCCCUGCUGAAGGAAACACUCGACAUCUCGGUGGGGCUCAGGGACAAAUACGAGCUGCUCGCCCUCACCAUCCGGAGCCACGGGACCCGGCUGGGUCGGCUGAAAAACGAUUAUCUUAAAGUGUAGGUGGAAGGGCACAGGGCCUGGGAGAGGGCAUCAAAUCAGCCCCGUUGCGGAGGGUGGGGACAGAAGAUGAGGCUGAUGUUUCCUUAUUUUUUUUUUUUUAUAUCUGGAUUUGCACUUGGAGAAUCAUCUAAAGGGAUCUUAAAAAGAAAUAAGUGAGGGUCGAGUUGUUUUGUUUUUGUACAUUAUUUAUGGGAUUGCUAUAGACUUGUUACUUGGACAGAACAAUUUAAAGCCAUGCCUCCCCGGCCUUUCCUAGAGGACUUUCUAACUCUGCAGAGACACCUGUUUCAACCACAUAGAAGGACUUGGUUUAUGCAGGAGGGAGUGAUUAAACUUCCCCAUCCUGGAGAAAAUACGCAGAGAGCAUAGUACAGAGUGCCUUUUUGCCUUCUUCAGCCUUCCCUCUUGGGCUUUGAAAGCUGGCAGUUGUCUGAGGUGCUCUGAGGCCUGUCUGUUUCUUCUCUUUUUCUCUCUUAUUUAUUAACCAUGGUCUUCAAGGUUUUGUUUUUAGUUUUGAGGUUUGGGGGGAGGGGUUGUAAGACUAUUGACUAGAAGCUAUAUGCAAAUAGUCCUUUGCAGGGAGAUGUCCAAGGUGCCUCUGUGAGUGUGUGUAAGCUGCAGUGGCCACGUUGAAGGAGCGCAAGCUUUGUGGUGGGUAUACACUCGUGUUGCUAAGCUGUUUUGCUGUCUCUCUCAUUGUAUGCCUGUGUCCUCAGAGCUACAGUCCAUUACAAAAAAGUCGAGUGUUGGAACACACCCCCAAAUGAUAUGUUGUAGGUUACCAAUGUAUUCGUUCUGGUUUGGGGUUUUUUCCUUCUGUUUGCUUACUGGAAGCUUGUACUUCAAGGGGGGUGGGGAGGGAUUCUAAUUCUAGUAAUUCCUGAACUAAGUAUUAUUAUUCAGCCAAUAAAUAUGUUCUCGUAUAA